GGGUUGUAAUGUCAAUUUUCGAGGUUGUGGGGUGUUUACUUUUCUUGUUUUGUUCGCUGCCGUGAUGCCAUCACUCUUUUAUAUAUAUAGAUGAAGGGGAACUUUGGCCCAUUGUAAUGAAAUAGCAACGAGGUCGGGUGGCCCUUGGGGUGCCUUCUAACUGGGCAGUUUUCUGAUGGCAAUGUGUUGUGGAAGGCUUUCAUGGUCGGGAUCACAGGGUUGUUGUAUGUUUUCCGGGCUGUAUGGCCAUGUUCUAGAAGUAUUCUCUCCUGACGUUUCUCCCACAUCUGUGGCAGGCAUCCUCAGAGGUUGUGAGCUAUGGAGAAACCAGUUAUGUUCCUCUCCCCGUCCCCCUGCCAAUGAGAAGAGGGAGCUGAGGCCAGGCAUCCCAUUCCUUCCAGCCCAGACCGCCUGCCUUGUGCGGGGAAGGAGGAGGCUGGAGAAAGAGCGAGGAAGGCUGGCGAAGAGACAAAAGAAGGCGGGCGGGAGCUGAGAAAGGGCUUGCUGUCCUCCAACCCUCUUUUUCUCCCAAGGGGCGAGGGAAGAACCCAAGGAGAGUCUUCCCAGCUCCGCACAGUCCUCGCCUUCCGUCCAAAGGGGAAACGGAGAAGGGCUGGGCUGCCUCGCCAAGGAAGGGGAAGGCAAAGGCUCCCAAGAAGGAGGGGAGCUGAAGCAGCCGCCACAGAGCUCAGUCUUCAAACAGAUCUUUGACUGGCCCAAGAUGCCAUCUGAUUGUCCAACCAUAAUACUCAUGGAUUACGAUAGACUAACAACUCUUGCAUCGUCUCGGACAAACUAGCAGAUGGUACGUGAACAGUAUACUACAACAACACAAGGUACAAACCUACAGAGGCCAGAAACUCAGUAUGUCUUCAAUGUUGGCAUUUAUGGCUGGAGAAAACGUUGCCUUUACCUAUUUGUCCUCCUCCUCAUCAUUAUCCUAGUUGUGAAUCUUGCUUUGACAAUUUGGAUCCUAAAAGUGAUGUGGUUUUCUUCAAAUGGAAUGGGAUACUUACAAGUUCACAGUGAAGGAGUCCGUCUAGAAGGGGAGUCAGAAUUUUUAUGCCCUUUAUAUGUCAAAGAAGUCCAUUCUAGAAAGGAUGAAUCGCUACAUUUGCAAUCUGAUUAUAAUGUGACUGUAAAUGCACGCAAUGCUGAUGGGAAUGUCACAGGCAGAUUACAUGUGGGCCCUAAAUUGGUACAUUUUGAUGGUCAGCACUUUCAGAUCAACUCAAUGAACUUAGACAGAAAACCUCUUUUUACAGUGAAUGAAGAUAAAGUUACAGUGGGUACAGACAAACUUCGGAUCACAGGGCCAGAAGGAGCUCUUUGUGAACAUUCUGUAGAAACACCACUUAUCAAAGCUUGUAAUGGUUCAAGCAAAGCUAAAGAGCUUAAACUUGAGUCACCAACUCGGGCGCUAAGAAUGAAUGCUCCACGAGGAAUUGAAAUAAAUGCACCAACUGGAACGAUUAAGGGUCUUUCCCAUUUGGAUAUCAAGCUCCACAGUAGUGAUGGCACGUGCUCCAAACCUUCCUACAAGUACACCAUGGCAUCCCAAAAAAGUCUCAUACAGACAUUCUAUACUUCAAGUACCUAUUAUCAUCUGGCUACGGCAGGAACAACCAGACCUUCUCUGAUCCAGUCUCUGAUCCUGUGAAGCACAAAAAAGCCAUAGAAGAUGGCUUUGGGAUUUUAUAGUAAGUGUGUUGCGAGGUGAUAUAUGCCUCACCAUACCGUAGCAUAGUUCUUCAUGUGGAAAUGUUAUGCUGUACUAAGAUAUUGAGGUAUUUUUCUCACUCUCUUGCCACAGCUUGCUAGUGUAGUGCACCAGUAGGAUCCUGGACUUUAUUUUACUUUCAGAUGAAAUCUUUUACUAUCUAAAGAAUUUUUUUUCUGGCACAAAUGCUUUGGGGUUGCUACAAGAAUCCUGAAUACAUAUUUAUGAUUCCAUAAAUAUAUAUUCAGUAUCUUGAUUAUGAAAUUGGGAAUUAGACUAUAAGAAUGAAUGACACAGAAGUUUUGGCACUUGGCUUUUGAAAGGCAUGUUAAGAUUUAAAAAGCGUUCACCUAGUAAUACUAAAUUCUCACCUGAAAUCAUUACAUUUUCAUGUAUUUCUUGCCUCUGUAAUCACUGGGCAUUUUGCAUUCCGUUAGCUUGCAUUUCCUACAUUGGCUGGAGCAGCUUGAAACUGUUGAUAAUACUGGUGCUUUAUGAUUGUUUGAGGAAUUGUUUUGCAUCUAAUUCACACUGCAUGUCUUGACUGUUUGUUCAUUUGCAUCAAAGCAAAAAAGAGUAAUACCAAAUUUGAGGAAUCUCUCACUCUUUCAGCCAGGUAUUUUGUUAAACCUUUAAUGUGACUAAAUUGUUAAAUUAUAAAUAAUUGGGCUACAGUCCAUAGCCAGGCACAUAUUUAUUAUUUAUUUAAAGGCUUCAGUAAUUGCUUUUCUCCCCACUAAAGACACUGAAGUAACACACUUCAGUUGGCCCUCUGCAUUUGUAGAUUUGCUUGAGAAUUUGAUUAAAAUGUUCUUUCUAAGAAUCUCGAGGUCAGUGGUUCUCAACCUAUAGGUCCCUAGAUGUUUUGGCCGUCAACUCCCAGAAAUCCUAACAGCUGGUAAACUGGCUGAGAUUUCUGGGAGUUGUAGGCCAAAACACCUGGGGACCCACAAGUUGAGAACCACUGCUCUAGGUCAUUCAGCAUGAGUAUGGUCAACCUCUGGUAGAGGACUUAGAGAUACAUAGAGAAAACACCUCUCUAGGAUUCACUAGGUUAAGUGUGAUUCUGUGGUCUACUUCUGCAAAAAGUUAAUUAGAGUCGGGCUAGAGGAUCCAGAGAUUCAUAGAGAGGUGUUCACAAAUAAAAACAAUUUGUGAGCAUUUAAUUCAUGAUUCUUCCACUUUUGUGGGAAUUCUGCACUUUUGACCGCUGAAAAAGUGGAGCACUGACUAUAAAUAUGGUGCUUUAUUUAAAAACAGAUUUGCAACAAUUGAAAAGAGUUUAAAUACCAGAGGCCAUACAGAAAAACAUGUCAGAAAGAAAGUCCUGUUUCAUCUACUCACCAUCCAAUCUCUCUAGGUUGAGAUAAACAAAGGUUCCUCCACUAAGGAUUUCAAAUUCCAGGCAGAUUUAUACAACAAGAGGUGGUCUUUUUGGACAAGCAGUCCCGAAGACAUUUAGAGCUUUAUCCACCAACACUAGUACAGUAGAGUCUCACUAAUCCAAGCCUCUGGAUAAUCCAAGCCAUUUUUGUAGUCAAUGUUUUCAAUAUAUCGUGAUAUUUUGGUGCUAAAUUCGUAAAUACAGUAAUUACAACAUAACAUUACUGCGUAUUGAACUACUUUUUCUGUCAAAUUUGUUGUAUAACAUGAUGUUUUGGUGCUUAAUUUGUGAAAUCGUAACCUAAUUUGAUGUUUAAUAGGCUUUUCCUUAAUCCCUCCUUAUUAUCCCAAGUUAUUCGCUUAUCCAAGCUUCUGCCGGCCCGUUUAGCUUGGAUUAGUGAGACUCUACUGUACUUUGAAUUUUGCUUGAAAACAAGUUGAAGGUGGCUUGAUCAUUUCAAGGACAUUCCACUUGGUGGGGAUUUGUAUGCACAGAUACAAACCAUUGUAGGACUGGGUUAAAAUAUCGAGGGAAGUGGAAUUUUCUGGUGAUGGGUACAGAAACAUGUGUUUAUGGUCAUCCUUUCCUGAAUACCUGUGUAGCGUUAUAGUGAUUACUACAUCGAUUAAUCACCUAUCAUGAACUUCAGUCAAGUACACUACUUUUCAAUCUAGUUGACUCACAGACUUGUUGUGUAGUUAAAAUGAAAUGAAACAUCAUGUUGUCGAAGGCUUUCAUGGCUGGGAUCACAGGGUUGUUGUGUGCUUUCCGGGCAGUAUGGCCAUGUUCCAGAAGUAUUCUCUGACAUUUUG